AUGUCUGUCACCGGUCCUUCGGCGAACAUAACGGCCAUCGAGCGCCUCUCGGAGCUCGAGCUGCAGCAGGGAAUCACCGGACCGUCCUCGUGGCACCACCAGUACAAGGAUUCCUGCUACAUCUACAUCGGCGGUUUAGACAGACGCAUGACGGAAGGUGAUAUCGUCAUCGUGUUCUCGCAGUUCGGCGAGCCCAUAGACGUACAUCUAAAGCGAGAUCGGAAGACAGGCGCAUCGCUCGGGUACUGCUUCCUGGGUUACAAGGACCAACGCAGCACCAUCUUGGCCGUCGACAACUUCAACGGCAGCACGCUGCUGGGAAGGCGCAUACGCGUGGACCACGUGCUGGACUACAAACCCCCCGUGGAAUAUGAGGACGAGGAGGAUGACGAGGGAAACAAGAUUCGCAAGGAAUAUGUUCCCACCGGUGCCGAAGGCCAGGGCAUUGGAAAGUACUACGUGACGGAGAGCGAAGCGAUGCUACGCGACAUAUAUCGCAACCGUCCAAACACUCAAAGCAAUCGGCAGGACAAUUUGGACGAGGAUGAACGAUGGGCUCAGGAAUUCGAGGCCUCGUUACGGAAGGAGGAUACGUCCACCGAGGAGGCGGAAAAAAGUGACCGGCGGUCGCCAUCGCCUAGUAGACACCGCCACCGCGAAAGGUCACGUGAAAGACAUAGGAAGAGGGAGGAUCGGGAGAGGCGGCGCAGCAGGAGCCGAGAGCGCUCCCGGCGCGAGCACCGCAGUGACAGACGCGAUCGCCACCGUGAAAGCAGACGUUCUCGAUAG